AGAGGGCAGGAAAGCAUUUUUAAUUGUCCAAGUUCUCAUCCAGCACACAGUGUACCAUCUCAAAUUGUCUCACAGUGCCAUUCUGAAGAAAAUGUUCCCAUCUAUAUAAUUCCCAAGUCUACCUUUAUGGAAAUCACAGAACAGUAUUGCAAGAGACAGACCAAAAUUAUCCUUACUGUUUACACAACAAUGUAAAUGUGACUCGUAUGUUGCCAUAGAAGGAACAAAAAGUAUUUUUCAUGGGAAACCAAACAUAGGUUUAAAAAGAUUCAGUAAAAUUAACACUGCAUUAUUUCCUCCUCCUUCCCCUUCCCCCCCCCCAAAAAAAAGAAUGGUGGCAUUGCUAUAGUUCUUAACAUGAUUUAAAUCAAGCUUUCAAAAUCAUGCACAGACUAAUUCCUUAAAAUUAAGACAUUCAUUCCAAAAUUUGUGUAUCUGAUCAGAGUAUGGCAAAUGUUUGCUUUAUUAAUGCAUAUUUAAGAGUAAAGUCAAGAUUUGUUCAUUCUAUUUGUGCAACAAGUGUAAUCAAGGUUUUGUGCUAGGGAAACCAAAUAUGAAAGUUUAUCACAGAAUCUCAAACUGCUUGAGGUCUCUGGAGGAACCAGAGCCCAUAACUAGUGUUGAAAACAGAGGAAAAGGUGGCACUAAAUGCCUCUGCUUAGCAAAGCAGAAAGGUGAGGUGAGCAAGGUGACCAUCCUCAUGAAGUAACAGACCAGUGUUACCUCUGGUCCUCCUGUUGCUGUUAAUACAUUUUUAAAAGCCUUUUUUUUGUCCCCCCCCCCAUACUGGCCCACUUUAACUCUCAUUGAGCUUUGGCCAUACACAUUUUCUCCCUGCAGUAGCCAACAGUAGCUCUGCAGUCCUCCCAUGUUGCCUGACCUUGCUUCCUGCAGCCACAGACUAUUUCUCCAUUUAAGCUCUAGAAGAAAAUCCCUGCUGAGGCAAGCCAGCCUUUUGCCACACCUGCUUGACUUCUGACAUUUUGGAAUUUCCCUCUUAAGAGAUCAGAAGUGCGGGUACUUAAGAGUGAUCAGCACUGAUGGACCCCAAUAUCUUCAAAAGUAGUGGCCUAGGGGACAUUGCAUCUUUUUUUUUUAAUUAACAAUGUUCUUGUCUUCAGUACACAGAUAAAUAUUAAAUGGAAAGUCUUAGGGCGAUAUUAUCUCCAGUAGGUCCCCAUUGUCUGCCUUUCUCAUAUUUAUCAAAAACAUUCUUUUUAAUAAUAGCUUCCAUUAAUAUGCACUAGUUUGUGAUGAUCUAAGGACAUAAAAGCAUGACUUCAUUGUCCAAGUUAUUUAUGAGCCUACAUAAUCUUAAAUGAGCUUUUAACUUCUCUUUAAAUCCACUUUAAUGGGAAACUAGCCUUUGGGCUAAGUUUUCACAAAGUGCAAAGAGUUAAUUUGGCAGCCUCAGAGUGUAAGUCUAUUGUACCUCAAAAAAAUGGUGGAGCACAGCAUUUUGCACGCUGUGUCACACAGGCAGUACAGACCACUCUCUCCAACCCUACUCUGCAAAGAUAGCAUUUGAGGAUCAGAGAAUAACUCUGUAUCCGUGCCUGAUGACUCCAUGAGCAGCGAUAAAGAUUUCUGUGCCAGAUGGAGGGGUGAUGCCCUCAGCAACAACAGGAGAAGCAGUGAUGAAUGCAAGGCUCUGGAGAACUUCAAUAUUUUUAAGUCUCAACAAAAUCUCUGAAACUUUUGCUACAUCGGGCUGCUGUUUCUGAAAACAACAGCAGAUGGAUCACUCAUCCCGUUCAGCAUGACAUUUUCAUAUUUCCAAAGAAAGGGCAAAGAUUAGUUUUACCUCAUCCUCCUUCUUACUGUGUAAAUGUGUAAACAUGACUAGAAUGCAUUACCAAUGAAUAAUAAUGUAACUUUGAAUGAAGAUCUUAAUCGCCAAGAGCAUAAUUAAUUUGUUCAAAACAAAUGCUGCUUUGCCUGUGGAAGUAGAUCUGCCCACAUAUUUCUCAAGUGCAUUAAUGGAGAGUGGCUGCGACACCCCCCGAUAGUUCAGAAGCAUACAGUGGCAAUUAAUAAUACCACUUGGCAUUUGUGAUUCACAGAGGCAGGUGCUGGAGUCUGUUUCGUGGUCUGUCACAGCGCUGAGAAGACACGAGAGCCAAGUCCGGUCCGGGAUACUCGUGAUUCACUCCUUUGCGUUCUCUCUUCUUCGGAAGCUGCCUGUUGUUUCCAAACUUCCCCCAUUAUUUAGAGGAAGCAUACACAAACUGAUGUGUCAGCAUCCUCUUCACUGCUCUCUUUACUCAACAGCUUGCCGUACGGGCAGACGAAUCAAACACAAAGAGGCCCCAGCGAGUCCCCGAGAGCCCCUCCCCGCUGGACGGCCCUGCACACAGCUCGGCCGGCGGGCGGAAGUGCGAGCCGCGGCGGGGAGGCGGGCCCGGCCCCGUGCUCCUACUCCCUGCCCCAAUCCGGGCCGUGCGACCCGCGCUGCAGGGAGACUCAGGCAGCCCCGGCAGUGGCAGAUAUUUGAUUAGCAAGAUGAAGCCCACUAAGCUGCACUAUUGGAUUUUGGGUUGUUUUUCUAUGGCAUCAUGUUGUUGGUGUACUUCAGAUAAAUUCCGUUUCAGUGAUAGCCACCCUCACACCUGGAAAAAGCUGUAUCUUGCUCACCAUUGGCCAGUGACUGUAUGCAAGAUGAGCGCUAAUGAUUGUCAAGACCCUCCAGACUACUGGACAAUUCAUGGGUUGUGGCCUGACAAAGGUGAAGAAUGCAAUAGGACAUGGCAUUUCAACGUCACAGAGAUUAAGGAUCUUUUGUCAGACAUGAGACGCUAUUGGCCUGAUGUGAUACAUUCAUCUCUGAAUCGCACCCAAUUCUGGAAACACGAGUGGGAGAAACAUGGCACUUGUGCAGCCACACUUCCAAUCCUUGAUUCUCAGAAGAAAUAUUUUAGUACAACCCUGGAACUCUACCAGGAUGUUGAUCUUAAUGGUUUCCUCCUGAAAGCUGGGAUAAAGCCAAGCAGUACCUACUACCAGAUGGCUACUAUAAAGGAAUUGCUUAUGAAAUUUUAUGGUGUAACACCAAAGAUCCAAUGUCUUCCUCCAGAAGAGGGUGAAAAAGCACAAACACUUGGUCAGAUUGAAUUCUGCUUCACCAAAGAACUGAAGCUGAGAAACUGCACAGAGCCAAAGGGUGAAUUCAACCAAAUGUGCACCAACUUGCAGCUUGUAACUGAGGAGUUAUCUGUCUGCAAUGACACUCUUCCAGUCUACUAUCCUUCACAAGUCCAAGAUCAUAAAUGAAGCCUCAAGAGCUUGAAAAACUUCUUCAACAAAACAAAUUAAUGACAACAACAACAAAAGUCCCUUAAAGUUACACCUUGGAAAGCAAUUUUGAGUUAGCAAUAUUACAAAACCGUGCCUGUAUCAGGUAUACUGAGGGGAUUUCUGCUGGAAAAGAAAAAAAGUAAAACUGCUUUGACCAUUAAAAGAGAAUAGUGUGCAUUGUAAUACCAGCUACAUAGGCUGAAGUCUUGAAUUGUUGGUCUGAUUUUGAUGAGCUCAGAAUCUGAUUUACAGCUCUGUCUGUACUUCUUGGCUUAUUUUCAAUUUGAGUCAGUGUUCAAACGAGCUGUGACUUCUUAGUUUCAGUUGCGGUUAAAUCUGCCACUUCAGCCACAUGUUUUUUGGCAGUGACUCAGGGUAGCUAAGUCAUUCUUUAUUUUGAAAAGAUGCUUAUCAGCUUGAGGUGAGAUGACAAUUUCUUGAGAAUAUUGUAAAAUGGAAAAACUUGAUCUGUCUGGAAGUUUUGUGUAAAUAUGUUCUCCAGAAGCACUGAACAAAGGCCACAUAUUAUGUAGCAUUAAACCUUUCCUCACUCAGAGAUCACAGGUGCCCGCAAAUGACAGCCUUUUAUUAACUACUUCUUAUUGGCAUCUCUGCCAAAAGAGCCCCAAGAAGAUUGUAUUUGCAGCCUUACCUGUUCUUAGAUUGAUUUUGGUACAGUGACUUAUACCAUCUGUGUACAAUCUGAGUGACUGAUUUUAAAUUGUCUCCUAUUAUAGGAAAAUAAUAUUAGACUCUGGAAACAAAUUAUUCUUAGUUUUUAUUGUAUUUGAACAGUUAGCACUUCCACAGAAGUGUAUGCCUGAAGUUUUGUUUAAGAAUCAGAUUGUCAUAUAAUCACUUGGUUCUGAGAAACAGCUUUUUAUAGGUAAGCAGUAAAUACUGCAGGAAUUUCAGUGAAAAGUACAAAUGUGCAAUGGUGUUUUUUUAUCUCAUAACAAUUAAUGACAAGCCAAAAAAUUGCAUGCUUCCAAAUAAGACCAAUUUAGAUGAGAUCCUCUACGCAGUGCUAUGGUGAUGCAAGUGUCUCAAAUUGUCUUUGAAAGACAAUUACGGCUCAAAGAACCAUCUGUUAGAAAAGCAUAUUACUGCAAAAAUACAAAAAGCAGUGUUAAGAACAAGUUUAUUAUAUCUUUUAGGUUUAGAAACCAUCCAUAUUUACUUUAUUUUGCUUGUCCCUGUACCUCUCAUUUAAGGCUAUGUUACCUUGCCAUUCCAGAAUGCUGUAGUUUGUUGUAUUUUUUUUUUCGGGGGGGGGAGAGGGGGGGAGGGGCAGGAGGUUCAGGUCCUCUCUGUAGAAACUUGAAUUAAUUUAUAUUUUUUAAUACAUAAGAAUGGCUAUGAUCUGCGUUUUAUUGUGUCUAUGUUUCAGUAAAGUGAGGACUUCUCAUUCAAACUUCCUUCCUUCCUGAGGGGAGGAAUAUACUAAUGUAACAGAUUUGGAGUAUUCUAUACAGCCUUUAUAUCAACACAAAAAGUUAUUAUUUUAUUCUUUCUUUAAUCUUUCAAGAAUAAACAUUAUUCCACCAUUAUUGUCUUAUUGGAAAUACUGAAAAUUGAACUUUGACAUCAAAAAUGUCGAAUUCUGAAGGGAAAAGGCAGAGGAUGCAACAUUUGGUACUUGCUGUAUGGAGGUAUAAAUUCCCCUGCUGUUUUAAAUGUGUUAGCAUUCAUGGGUGAACUAGUUUCGAGGGGUGGAUUAUUGUAUUAAAUUUGAGAUGUAGGUGUUUUUUUUGGUGACGUAUGGUUGGCUGAAAUUCACCCUUACAUCUUUUUUCAAGUGUGUAACAGGAUGAAUCCUAUUUUUGACUGCGUCUGCAGGAUUCCUACCAAAUUCAAUGAGAACUUUGCAUGCAUUUCUGAGCAGAUGGUGAUUCAAAGACCAGAAAUUAUCUAUUGUGCAUCAGUAUUUUUGGCCAUGUUUCAGGGAGUGCUGUGAUGAUCCAGUAGUUUCUCUGGGGCUGACUUUAAUAAUUAUGUAUAAUAUUCUGAUAACAAGAACGGCAGACAGCUGUGCAGACAGUGCUUUAUAAAAUUUCUGUAUGUGUAUAUGUUUGUGUAUGCAUUGCAUAUGAUAACACGUCUGUUUGCAACUAAGAACACUAAUACAGGAUUGCUUUAUUCAGGAAUUGUGUGAGAAAUUGUUAAUGUUCAAAAGCUAUUAAAAACUGCAUAAUCACAAUCA